UUCAACCCUGAACCUAUAUAAAGGUUCGAGCGCGUCUACGCGUAAUCGUGGUUACUGAGACACUGGAAGCGUGGGUGCGACCUUCAACUUCAUUUCUUUUUCACAAGGUGCGAUGGCAAAGCGUGUAGCAGUGAUCCUUGCUGGCUGUGGAGUCUAUGAUGGAACUGAGAUCCACGAGGCUUCUGCCAUACUGGUACACCUUAGUCGGGCUGGUGCCAAGGUCCAGAUGUUUGCCCCUAAUGCAGAGAUGAUGCACGUCGUGAACCACUGCGAAGGAAAACCUGUGUCUGACAAGCGCAAUGUGAUGCAGGAAAGUGCACGCAUUGCUCGAGGAGACAUCACUGACCUGGACAAGUUAGACGUAGCUAAUCACGAUGCUGUCAUCAUUCCAGGAGGCUUUGGAGCAGCUAAGAAUCUCAGUGACUGGGCCACCAAGGGCAAGGAGUUCUCAGUGAAGCCUCUGGUCGAGAAGGUCAUUAAGAGCUUCCACCAGGCAGGAAAGCCUCUGGGUAUGUGCUGCAUUUCUCCAGUACUUGCAGCAAAGGCUAUUCCCGGCUGUGAACUUACUGUCGGCCAUGACACAGAGUGCGAGAAAUGGCCGUACGCUGGUACAGCUAAGACCAUGGUGGAGAUGGGCUCUAAGCAUGUUAAUAAGAGUGUAGGAGAAGUGCAUGUGGAUAAGAAAAAUAAACUAGUGACCACUUGCGCCUUUAUGUGCAGCGCCCCAUUACAUGAGGUUUUCGACGGAUUGGGGGUCAUGGUAACAGAGGUUCUUAAACUUGCCUGAUCUGGUUAUUCAAAAAUCUCUAAUUCAACAUUGAAGAUGGUAUUAAUUUUUGUGUUUUUUUUAUUCACUGGAAAAUGAUUUCGAGCAAUAAUCACUGAGUGCAGUGCUUACAUUUUGGAUAUCUGCAUGUAAAAGAUUUUGUGAUAAUUCAUAUCAAUAAAGUCUGUUUUGUGUGA